UGGCUAUUUUUAGCCACUCGCAAAAAAAAAUUCACAGAGUCCCUCCUAGUUGUGUUAUUCCCAUUCAGGUCGCAGCACUUGAUAGAAAGAACAGUUUUUGGCCAUAGUAGUGCAAAGUUUUGCCACCAGAAUGCUCUAGGUAUGCUCCAGUCUUCUUAACCUAAAAAUGACUGACCCUCCAGAAAAACGUGACCGGCCAAAACGUUCAUGUCAAGGCAAUCAAAACCCUCACUACGAACCAGUCAAUCUAGAUGAUUCUGAGAUUGAGGGCGCGUUAAAUGAUGAUGAUGAAGAAGGGGACUUGUUGAGACACAGAGACCGCUUUUUUGAUGUGAAUGAAGUUAUUGGAAAUUGGAGUGAUGACACCGAUGAAGACCCCACAUACGAGCCUCCCAAUGAGCCGGAUCGUAAGGAAGACACGUCAGAAGAGGAUCCACAACCAGAAGCAAUCCAGCGAAAAAGAAGGGAAAGAGGAAGAAGGCGCUCACUAAGAAAAAGGGAGAUGGGGCUAAGAAAUCGAGAAAAACGAAAAAUCAGGACAAGGAUUUUUCACCCCCAUGGAGGACAGGGACCAUUCAAUCCGACACCUUUGACGAUUGCUCAACCAGCAUACCUACCUAUCGACAGUGAUGAACUGGACAGCUGA